AAAGCCACCAAAACUUGAAAGUGAAGAUUGAACAGAUGUUUCAAACUCCAACCUAUAAAUUUCUUUGUGGAAAAUUGUAGAAAAUAUGAGUUUUUCAGGGAAAAUAUUUCAAAAUUUAAUAAAUAGGACAGUUUGGAACGUCGAGAGAAGAAAUAUAUCAUUAUGUCUACCAUUAAAUGUUAAAGAAAUUCGAGAGGUACAAAAUGAAAAAGAACUGGUUAUUUAUGGAGUAGAAGUUCCAUCACCCAGAGAACCGUAUUUAUUAAAGAAAGACCAUCCGACGCAGUGUCCGGUUUGCGCCUCCGGUCUCAAUAUAAAACAUACCGAUGUGCUUAUUUUAAGCCAAUUUGUUAGGUCAGACGGCUGUAUGUUGCCAAAAAGAAUUACCGGACUAUGCAAUAAGCAACAAAAAAGAAUGUCCUCCUUAGUUACAAUGGCACAAAAAGCAGGCCUUAUGCCAAACUUGGCACCUGCUAGGAGUAACAAAGACCCUAAAAAGAGGUAUCAAUGGAAAAAAUACAAUAAAUACUUUGACGAAACAACCAUUAAAUAUUAGUAUGUACAUUUUUUUAUUAGUUUCUAAAGUAGUUUUAUAAAGUAAAAUAAUAUGUAUCA